AUGAACACGGUCGCAGUCCCAGUCUCUCAGCAGCUGGAUCCCCACUCUAUUGCCCUCUCCUGCAAACUCGUGCUCAACCACCCCCACCGCGAUGUUGAUCCACCUGCAGCCGGCUCAGCUGCUGCUGAUGAUUCGGACUUGAAGGACAAGCUGAAUAAUAUAAGGAGCAAGGGGAAGAAGAAAAAGGGGCUUGGAGUUCACGCUGAGCUCCUGAUAAGUGCUGAGUCACGUGAGAGGCAUGCUGCAGAAGAAGAAGAACGGCGAGAGAAGGCGAGGAAAGAAGAGGAGGCCAAGGCUUCAAAAGCAGUGAAGACGGCCGAGCACCAGGCCCAAAUGGCGAGGCUCAACGGCACCGAGGUCUUUGCAGGAGCAUUGGGCAGCAAGUCCAAGUCUGACCUCCAGCUCAUUGUGGCAGCACUCAGCCUGAGCAUCGACGGCAAAAGCGAGAGGUCCUUGAUUUGA